UCUUUCUUUCUCUGCUGCCCACAACAGUACAGUACAUGCUCUCGUAGUGGCAGCAACCAGCACAAACCUCCCUGUAGCUCAUUAAAACUGGCCAUUUAUCAUCAAUCAUGGCCGCCGGAGUACAGGUUUAACUCUCCGUCUUCUCCUCCCUGUCGACUUUUUACAAGGAGAAGGGAGGAGGGAAGGAGGGGGGAUUUCUGUUUGCAGAGAUAUCGAAAUAUUAUUAUAUUAUUUGGAUUUCCUCCUGGAAUUACAAGAACAUCUCAGAAGGGAGACACCAUUCAUGUCAAAUCUCCAAAAUGCAGCCGCCGCCGAGGAAGGUCAAAGUGACGCAGGAGCUGAAAAACACUCACGCCGAGCAGAUGACAAGGCUGCACUUUAAACAUCAGACUGAAUGUGAUCUGCUGGAAGACAUGAGGAGCUACAGCUUGAAGAAAGGACAGCUGGAGCGGGACUAUGCACAGGCUCUGCAGAAGUUAGCAAGUCAGUACCUUAAGAGAGACUGGCCUGGAAUCAGCCCCGAUGACCAGAGAACGGAUUAUAGAAACGUGUACGCUGUGUGGAGGGCCUACUUAGAGGGAACGGUUCAGGUGAGCCAGUCGAGGCUCAACGUUUGUGACAACUACAAGAGUCAGAUAUCAGAACCGGCCAAAACCGUUAGACUCUACAAGGACCAGCAGCUCAAGAAGACCAUUGAUCAGCUGAGUGGCAUUCAAGCAGAACUGCAGGAGUCGGUGAAAGAUUUGGCGAAAGCCAAGAAAAAAUACUACGACUGCGAGCAGGUUGCCCACGCAGUACGAGAGAAGGCCGACAUAGAGGCCAGAUCCAAACUUGGUCUUUUUCAAUCAAGAAUUAGUUUACAGAAGGCAAGCGUGAAGUUGAAAGCUAAGCGAAGUGACUGUAACUCCAAGGCGACGCAGGCUAGGAACGACUACCUGCUAACGCUAGCUGCUGCAAACGCCCAUCAUGACCGCUACUACCACACAGACUUACUGCACUGCAUACAGGCUUUAGAUGGGAGAAUCUACGAACAUGUGAAAGACUACCUGCUGGCUCUGUGUCGCACUGAGCUGGAGGCCUCACAGGCUACCCACAGCACCUUCCAGUUCCUUUUAGAAAAAUCCUCCAGGAUAAUCCAGGAGUUCAACCAGCAGUUGUUCAUGCAGGAGAACCCCGUGUUUCACAAGGCGCACGACUUCCAGUUUCAGGCCAGCGAAUACGACGCGACUCUGAGCUCGGUGCCGCAGCUGGUGGACAUUGAGCCGUCGCCCGUCAGUGCCAUGAGAAUGACCCUGUCACAGAGCCGCCAGCUGGAGUCAGAGUCAGGAACGACGGAGGAGCACAGUCUGAAUAAAGAGGCCAGAAAAUGGGCAACCAGAGUGGCCAGAGAGCACAAGAAUAUCAUUCACUGCAAGCGAUCUCUAGAGGACUGUGAGAGUCACGGCCUGCCUCCCACUGAACAGGGCAGACUAGACCUGGAGCUGAAGAUUGAAGACACCAAAGAGAUAAUGCGCAAAGCUGAGACAAUAAAGUUGAAAGCCGAGGCUCGAUUGGACCUUUUACGGCAAGUUGGAGUGGCUGUAGAUACCUGGCUGAAGAGCGCUAUGAAUCAGGUCAUGGAGGAGCUGGAAAAUGAGCGCUGGGCCACCUACACAACCCACGAUCCCUCACUGUCGGGCACGGUGGACCUGGAGCGUGAAGAGGGAGAGGAGUGUGAAGAGAACAUGGAGGUCUUCGACGACAGCAGUUCCAGUCCCUCGGGAACGCUGCGCAACUACCCGCUAACCUGCAAAGUUCUCUACUCCUACAAGGCGUCUCAGCCGGAUGAGUUAACCAUUGAUGAACAGGAGAUGUUGGAGGUCAUCGAGGAUGGAGACAUGGAGGACUGGGUCAAGGCACGGAACAAAACGGGUCAAGUGGGCUACGUCCCGGAGAAAUACCUCCAAUUCCCGACUUCCAACAGCCUGCUCAGCAUGCUCCAAUCCCUGGCCACGCUGGACGCCCGAUCACACACCUCCUCUAAUUCCACCGAGCCGGAGCUGCACACUGUCUGCAUCAAUGGAGACACAAACACUGUCUACGUUCGUGCGCUUUAUGAUUAUGAAGGCCAGGCGGACGAGGAGCUCUCCUUCUCCGAGGGCGCUGUGAUCCGUCUGCUGAACCGCGACACUCAGACAGACGAUGGCUUCUGGGAAGGCGAACUGAACGGACGAGUGGGGGUUUUCCCUUCUGUGCUGGUGGAGGAUCUGACGGAGAAUGGGGAGAUGAGUGGAGGAGGACUAAAUGACACACAGAUUUCUCCAUCUUCAAAGCUGCCGUCUUCCCUGCCGCCUCUGCCUCUAUACGACCAGCCUCCCAUCAGCCCUUUCACCAGCCCAGAGACCUCCACGCCUCCUCCUCUGCCGCGUUCACCCUCCACAGCACUUAACGGAGAGCACAAGCUUCCACUGCCUGCUGCCUCUUACAAAGGACAGCUGUCCUCUCACAAUCACAGCUCGGGCAGGAGUCCAGUGUCUCCAGGAUUUCCUUCGACUCAGCCGUUACGUUUCACAGCUGAAGGUGGCGGGUCGGGCAAACUACGACCGGUGCGAGCCGCUCCGCCUCCACCCAAACAGCAUCCCCGCCGACCGCAUGAGAAGAGCGACAAGACGGAAGAGGUGGAAAUCACGCUGGUGUGACGGACGAGCUUGGCAGGUGGAUACUGUUGCAGAAAAGACAUUGUUGCAGAGCGCAUGAUACGCUCUGAACUGAUGCAAGCAUAAAUGAAGCAAAGACAAAGGAAUUCAAUCGAACCACGGUGACACUUCUCCCCGAGAGAACUGUUGGCAUGUCCGAUUAAAUAAUCACCAUUUUAGCCUCCUGCUAAAGUCCAGCAUUAUGUUCUCCAAGCCCCUGUUCACCAAUCUGGCCUCAAUGAGCAGCAAACUGGAGCAGGAUGAAGAGGAGGAGACGUUCUUCAUGGGGAUCACGGAUGGGUUCUUUAGACCUUUUAGGCUUACAACAUAUUUAAGGCAGUUUGUCCCCUCUGCACCUUUUAAACCCCCUCAUGAAGUUAAAUAAUGAAGCAUACGUAAAAUAUCAGAGCCCCAAACUGGCAGAAUCUUUAUAAAGGCAAAAGAAAAGCAAAGCAUCAAAGCUGAGAUUUUUAUCAGACAGUUAAAAUCUGAUUUUAGGCGCAUUUUUUAUUAUAUUUUCUUCAAACCUGCUAGGAUAUAAAGCGGUGAAUGUAACGUUUGGGAGUAUUUGAUCACUUUUAAUCUACUGUGGUUAACAUUCACCAAAAAAGUUCAGCUUUUUCUUUUGGAUCCAACUAUCUUUGAACCAAAUCUGUAUAUAUAUUUAAAAGCAGAUGCAGUCGCUUUUUGAUGAGGUCACCAAACGAUUUAAGAACCUACGGGGCCAUUAAGAGUUUUAUGGAUGUUUACCGUGAACAUCAUGUUAGGAAUUGCCUUUUAAUAAUCCAUAUGAAUGGCUCUUUUAGAGUAAUAAUACUGAAAAAAAAAAAAAAAAACUUGUUUCAAGCAAGUUUAUUGUGAAUUUACUAAUUUAAUAUUGUUGCCCAAUAAGUUCAAAUAGGUAUUGUUACUAUGUAAUUAUACUUCUAAAGGGAUCAUUUAUUCUUACCUAUUAAUAUAUUAAUAUAUUCAAAAUUAAAGCUCUAAUAAAAUUAGGAACGUGUUUAAAAAUAACAAAAUUAUUCUAAUACUAUGGGCAGCAGUGCACAAAUACAUUAAUACAUACAUCUCUGCUGCUUGAGCUUAAAAAAAAUCAACAUUUUAACAGCCAGAUGAGACAAGAAUCAGUGUAGAGAAGUGGAGAUAAGGCUUUAAGCACGGUGGUGGCAGCUGCAAAAUAUGGAUAUAUUAGAGUCUGUAUGUAUAACCCUGACUCUGUCAGGGAUGAAGGAGAAUCCAGCUUUGUGUUGCUGAUAUUUGCUUUUAAAAUUCACCCAUCACUGAUAGUAGACUAAUUAAUCCAAAAUAAUACUUAAACAAACCUUUCUGGCCUCAUAAUCAACACAUUUGUUCCAGCCUUUUAGAGGGACUGUAUACAUCUGUUGCCCUUAGCGACGUUUUGCGAGUUUUGAGGCUCCAUCAAAAAGAUGUGCAAAGAAAAAACAAAACAAAAACUCAACUCUCUUUGAGGGUGUUUAGGGUGCAGAUCUGGGCUGAGGGAAGAGGGCCGAAAACCCAGGUGGUGGGUUUGCUUUCAACUCCUCCCCUGCCAUAUAUAGUCAUUAUCAUUAUACGUAUUUAAUGUGUAUUAGUACAGUACAUUACUGUUGUCAUAGGAAUGUUUAUGCACAUGGUUUCAUAUAAAGUAACCGACCUGAGUGGAAUACCCUGUCUGAUAUGUAGUGGAAGUUUUACCUUCAUCAUGUGCUGAAAAGGGUGUUGUAUAUACAGGAGGGAGGAGAGAAAGGAGGAGGGAAAGGAGGAGGAACAAGAGCUGACGGAGGCUGGAUCUUCGCUUUUCUUGCACUCGCCUCUCCUCCCAUCGCUGCUUCACGUCUCUCCUCUAAACAUUCAUUCUGUCUUUGGGCAGUCGGUGUGAAUCAGUGGCUAUAAUAUACAUACAUACAGCUCUAUUAUAUUACACAAACAAGUUGUUAUAUCUUCUCUCAUUCUGUGCCCUGUGGGAUUUUUUAAAAAUUAUUUUUCAUUUUUUCCUAUCACCAAUUGAGAAAGGCUGCUGGUGCUUUAAAAUGCACUGUAUCUGUUGGUAUUCACUAUGUGGUAACAAAAACGUCGCAAUUUAACAACUAUUGAAGGCCAGAAACAAAGACUGAAGAGUUUAACCUCAAGAUCAAAUAGCUUCUUUAGCUCCAUGUUUACCUGACAUGAUUUAAUCUACAGAAAUGAGAAUAAUGCUCAGAUGGAGCUCAAUACUUAUCUGUGGUGUUUGUUUUUUUUCCCUUUUCUGCUCAAAGUUGAUAAAUAACCCUCAUCUUCUACUAUUCAAGCCUUUAAAAGUCCUUCCCUAGAGGGCGUUGUAGCACUUUUAUUUAUUUUUACCUUCCCUGCAAAGUAGCAGUACCCUGAGCAUGGACAGAGAUAACUCUUCAUAGGGUUACCGUAGCGACAGAGAUAUGAGUUUCAUCUUUUCAUAUGUGCUCUAGAGAUACUCUUUUAUCAAGGGUGGCUGGUGCAUAAAAAGCCUAAAAACUCUUUAAAAGAGAUGAAUUUAGUAAUUUGUUUAAAUUAUGAAAGGGUUUUUAUUGGUUGGUGUUUUUCAUCUGCUUUUGUCAGCUCUUGGUGUAGAAGAGCUCGGUCUACUGGGCCCUUUUGCCCUUUAAUAUAUUUUCAGGUUCCUUUUUUUUGUUUCAUCUACAAUGAAACAUUUCAUAUUGAAUAAUUUAAACAAACCUUGUGGUGAAUUAGUACCUCAACCCAGUGCUAUAAGACGAAUUUCUAAAGUCCUAUAUAUAUAUAUAUAUUAAAUAACUCAGAAAACCCCCUGGUUGAAAAUCUCUGCAGGCACUCUUGGGCCUCUUGUGGUAAGUUUUAGGUUAAACUUACAUUUUUUUCUGCUAACAAUGAAGAAAAAGUUACAUGACAGAUUUGUAUAACCCUCCUUUACUUUUUUUUUUUUAAUGAUGUUGUUCAGAGGGAUUUUUUCAUAAGAUCUGGAGUGUUGUUCCAAGCAUUUCUGACUUUUGAUUGCCACCUUCCUCUUUCCGCAUCUUUUUUUUUUUUGACAGUCUUUCUUAUCUAAUGCAGCACUGAGAUAAUCUUUGGUUUUUAUGUUUUUUUUAUAAUUCUGAUUGAUUCAUGUGCUGCGCGGCCUGCCAGGAUCAAUGAUGCAGUGAAACAAACUGGCCUUCUCCCUUCAUAGACUGUUGCCAUUGUGACAAUGAUGAGAACAGGAGCUAAAGUCUUUCAGCGUAUUAAUAUUGGCUGUACAAAAAUAGAGUUUGUAUUUAUUGUGUACAAAAAGUUCAUUAAUAAAAAAAUGUUUUAAACAGU